UAUUAUUGCUGGUUUUUUUUUUUCUAAAUUGCAUUUCAAAACUGUUGAGUACCUAAAAUUAAGAUUUGGAGAUUUAUAUUUUUCCAGACAAAAUUGUAUUUUCUAAAUUCCAUUACUAAUAAGCUAUGGUACAAUUAAAAUAUGGCCCAGAAAGCAGCCAUGACGAGCACGCUCAUCGUCGCAUGCAGGUCGUAUACACGCGGAAAAUGCACGAGAGACAAGUGUUCAUGGAUGAACUUAGGGAACUACGCAAGAAGAAACUAAAAUAUAUUUUGAAAAGGAUAACAGAAUCUAUUGGGCCGAAGUGGUAUCAUGCAUUAAGUGUUCCACAAAGGAUUGCGUUAGAUUCACUCGAGUCCUCUAUAUAUCAAGAUUUGCUUGAAGGCCGCCCUAUAAGAACUGCUCAUGUCAUGCGAGAGCUAGGAUUAUACCCUCGUCCUAACACUGUAGACCUAAUGAACUCCGCAUAUUUUGGACGUAAUGAUCCUAAAGAGAUGCUUGCACAAUUAUUUUUAAUAACAUAUGGACAUACUAUUGACGGAAAAAGAUCUUCAUACUGUUUAAAUGCCAAACUCAUGUUAUCUGGCAUAUUAUAUUUAGGUCUAGAACAAUUAAUAGCUUUACUGCGGGAAAGAUUUCGUCCUGAUACAAAAAAGGAAAAACCGAAUCCAAAACCUAAACCUAAGGUUGAGCCUCCUCUAUGUUCCCCAUACUUACAGAAAAUGGUUGCAGUACUCUACGAAAGACCCGUCUACAAGCGACCACGACCACCUCCGCUUCCUAACUUAGAUGAUUUCAAUGAGCCUUACGAAGAAGAACCGGUAAUGCCUAAACCUCCUCCACCGCCUCCACCACCACCACCUCCUAAAAAAAGGCUUCCUCGAUCAUACUGUGACAAGAUUUCUGGUAUUAUAUCAAUUGAACCUCAUUCUUCAGUUACCGCUUUAUCUAUGAAAACAUAUAAGCGUAAUAGUCACCGCCGUAUUCGUGGAUCAAAAUUAUGUGUUACAGAGGUGAAAAAGACGUAUGGCAUAAGUAUGGCAAAUCAGAAAAAAGUGUCUCGGCGUCGAAAACCCGUUGCUCCAAAUACAGGCAUGUGGAAUUCUCAAUAUGUUAUUAAUGGCGUAUACAGUAUCCAUGGCAAAACAGUAUUUGUACUUGGCACUGUGUCGAUAUUGCCACCAGUUGGUGAUCUCAUUCAUGGGGGUUACAGACACUUAAAAGGAGAGUAUAUAAAUAUACAUUAUGGGUUCGCCGCACGCCCACCUCCGCCCAAAGCUGAUCCAUGUGAUUGCGUAAAAAAAUGGCAUGAUUCUGUAUUUGAAUAUGUGAGGAAGACUAAAUGUUACUGCGGUCACCACUAUGAUUAUGGUAAUGAAGGUACAUUCCCUCCGGACGAGUUACCGUUCUUUCAAAAACCGACACGACAUUCACCAUUUCAGUUCAAAUACCAAACAAUUUACGAUACGGACGAAAAACGUCUUCACGUUGAAAAAGAAUUCAAAAGAGUUUGGGAUACAGAUAGCAUGCUUCAUGUAGUCGACGGCACUGUUAAAGAUAAAAAAGAAAAGAAACUGAAAAAGACAAAAAAGUCAUCUACGACUUGUUUGGGGAAGAACCCUAGGCCAGAGGAUUACUUAAAAUGUGCGUUGAGAUUGAUGAGACAGGUGAAUAUAGCUGCACGGUUACCAGACAUACAUUUAGUUCCAGAAUUAAAGGAAUGGAUGCGUCGUCGUAUUCACGGUCCAUACUGUCACUUAGAAAAAUCUGAAAUGUUGCAUAAGAGCACAAUGUAUUGGCAAAUAUUCCAAACAAUUGCUGCAAAGGGUUUUGGUCAUAUAGCUCCACUAAAGGAUCCAACUUACGCCGGUCAUACGACGUGGGUACACAAACAAAACUUAAACGAGAAAUUCCGAAAAUUUACAGAGCAAUACAAAUUACAAUUAUUUAGAUCGCAAGCUAAAUUUAACAAUUUAAUGUGGACCACGAUGUGCCAAGCUGCAUUUCCUGAUAAAAAAUUUAGAGAAAUAUAUUUCUCUUAUUUAGUCCGGCGGGUACAAGAUAUGUAUAUAAUACAUCCAUACAGUUCUAAAGAGUCAUUAGAACGAAAAUUAUUGAUAGCAAAAAAACGCUACUGUUGCCCUCCGGCCGGCAUCGAGCAACUUGAGUCAUGAAUAUAGGUAUACAAACAUGGUAAAAAACAAUAUUUAUCAUCAUCAUGUUCGAGUCUCAACAUAAGCAAAUACGGCCGUAUAUUCCUUUCUUCAAAAUCUAUUGAAUUUUUUAAGUUUAUGCAUAAGUACUUUCAGAAAGAAGUUUAACUUUAAAUUUGUACAAUUUUAAAAAUUUUCUGAAAUUUAU